CAAACUAUUAUAUAAAUACCUGUUUGGCAAGUUUAGCUAAAAGAAAACCGACAAAAGGGAAGUCAUUGAGGCGAACAAGCACAGACUCUUGCUUCAUGCUGACAAGAGGUCGGGGAGCGAUGCUUCGCUGGGUCGUGCUUGCUUUGUUCAUCAGCCUCUGUGCCAUUGCUGAGGCACAGAGCAAAAAGGCGAAGACUGCGCCUCCGACCCCGUCAAGAGGAUGGGGGAAAAAUAUUAAAUGGGUCAAAAGUUAUGAAGAGGGCCUGGCAGAAAGUGCCAAGAGUCAGAAACCACUGAUAGUCAUUCAUCAUCUAGAGAACUGCCCACACAGUAAAGCUCUGAAGGAGGCAUUUGUUGCUCAUAAGUCCAUCCAGAAAAUGGCCAAAGAUGACUUCAUCAUGCUUAACGUGGUGGAGGAAACCGGGGACAAGCAUCUGGCUCCUGAUGGCUAUUAUGUUCCCAGAAUCCUCUUUGUUGAUCCGUCUCACACUGUGCGUGCAGAUAUUGUGGGGAACUACGAAGACCGCCUCUACACCUACAGCCCAGAUGACAUGGAGCUCUUGGCAGCAAACAUGAAGAAAGCCAAACUCCUGCUGCACAGUGAACUUUGACGCAGCUCUGCUUCUACCAGGUAGAUGCUCCUGCAGAAAGACCAGCACUUGAACUGUUACACGGUCUUUUAGAGCUCAUUUAAAUCAACACUAAGGAGAAGCAAUUGUUAUUUUAUUCAUGCAUUUGUAAUAUUUCGGUUGCUGUUCUGCAGUAGUGCUUUUUUAUGUCAAAAAUGGCUGCAUACCUCAGAAAAAAGUGGAAAAACAACUUCAAAUGUCAAGUUCUUUGCAAUGUGUUGUUGUAUCUUUAACCACGUUGAAAUAAAUGCAAUUUGAAUCUAAA